GUAUAUGUUGUAGUAGUAAUGUAGUUUUAUAUUUUAUCAUAAUUAUUAAACCCUAAUUCGCUAUCAUUUAGUUCAGAGUUCAGAUUCUAAAAGUUGAAAGUUUUUAUACAACAAUAUAAACAGUAUGUUGUAUGUGUGUAUAGCAUAAUGGCAUAUUUGUUUUAAAUGGAUUAUGAUCAUAACGUUUUUUUUUUUGAAUCGCAUACAAAUUAAUUGAUCAGCGUUUAUACAUACCACGUAUUCUACCGACUACCGUUGCCACAUACUAAUGUUGACGUUUUGUUGAUUCGUAUAAAAUACACACAGUUAUACACACCAGUAAACGUAAACGAAAGAAUUAUGGCACCCAAAACGUCGUCGGCUACACUUCGUCUGAAACAAGACUACGUACGACUAAAAAAUGAUCCAGUGCCAUAUGUAAUCGCUGAGCCAAAUCCGUCCAACAUAUUGGAAUGGUACUAUGUGGUAAGUGGACCUGACGAUUCGCCGUACGCUGGUGGUUAUUAUUUGGGAAGGCUAGUUUUCCCAAGAGAUUUUCCAUUUAAGCCACCCAGCAUUUACAUGAUCACUCCUAAUGGCAGGUUCAAAACAAACACUCGUCUGUGUUUGUCUAUAAGUGAUUACCAUCCAGACACAUGGAACCCGGCAUGGAGCGUAUCUACUAUACUCACUGGAUUGCUUAGCUUUAUGCUGGAAAACAGCCCAACAAUGGGUAGUAUAGAGAUGACUGAUUACGAGAGGCGGCAAUUGGCUGCUCAAAGCUUAGAGUCAAAUGUACGAGACGAAAAUUUUUGUGAACUAUUUCCUGAACUUACCAUGACAAUACAAAAAGAAAUCGAAAAACGAAAUUUGGCUAGAGCUAAUGAAGAGCAAUCACCAAGUAUGGAUAGUAGCCAACCCGAAAACAAUGUUCUUCACUCUGUUGUUUACAAUAGUGUUGUAGUAGUUGGCUUUGCACUAUUCAUUUACUUGGUCAGAUAUGUUCUGUAUAACAUGAACAUUGAGUGAAAUUUCCUACUCAUUCCCUUUAUUUUAAUAAAUUAAAUUAAUUUUAAGUUUUAAACAAAAUAUGAGUUGUAGUCAUAUUGAUAAAUAUUAUUUAAUCACACAUUGAAAAUUACUGGUUACAACAAUUAUUUAUUUAAAGUAUUGACUGAAUGAACAACAGUUGUAAUCCUAAAUUUUUUUUUUUAUCAUCUAAGAUUUUGAAAUUAACUAAGGAAUUAAACAAUAUAACUUCUUUUUCUUUUAUAUUAGAUAGUAUGUAUAUAUAUAUAAAAAAAAUACAAUUAUUGCAAAAUUCUACUUAGUAAUCCUAAAAUUGUAUUUGGUCUAUUCAUUUAUUGCACUGUAAUAUUUUGCAGUUGGUCUGAUUAUGUAAUAUAAACACAAUUUGUACAUAUUGCAAUUGUUUUUACUAUAAAUGAAUUGUUAUUAUUUUUUUUUGUUUUAUAUUUAAUCCAAAUGUUUGAGUGUUUGGAAUAAUUGGUUACUAGUUUUUUAAUGUCUCCUGAAAUAUUUAUAAUACAUAUAUAUAUUUUUUGUUGUUGAUUUUUUAAGAUAAUUUUUUAUUUGCUGAAAAACUGUAUUUGAAUUAAUAAUUGUUGUGGAAAGAAAUUUAGUCCUAUAUUUAUAUAUAUAAUAAAUUACAUACAUUUUUUUAAUUUAAAUAA